AUGGAGCCAUUAUUCCCAAGAGAAAAUGUGGGUCACGGUUUUUCUGAAAAUUGUGCCCUCGAUUUAUCGUUGCAAAGACUGCUCGUGAUUUCUCAGCCUGGCUCUGGCUCUGCUGGCUCUAUAGAAGGGAAGUAUGUGAAGAACAAAGGCGAGAGCUUUGGCUCUGGCUCUGGCUCUGGCUCUAGAGAAGGGGAGCAUGUGAAGAACAAAGGCGAGAACUCGAACUACUCAUCAUCCUCCAACUCUCUACCACCACCGUCACCUGAGGAUAGAAACCGCGGCAGGGACAACAAGAAGAAGUACCAAGAGCUCAUGCACUCAUGGGCUUCAGUAGUGGGGCGGAGACGUGAUAUGGAGGAUGGCUUGACAAUAGCUACAAGCUUCAUCAAGGGCUAUGACUUCUAUGGCGUGUUCGAUGGCCAUGGUGGUGCGAAGGUUGCACAUUUUUGUCAUGAAAGGAUGCACUUAGCAGUAGCAGAAGAGGUCAGUGGAGUGGAGGAGGUGAACUGGGAGCUUGUCAUGACAUCAAGCUUCACAAAGGUUGACAGGGAGGUGACGGCCGUGCCGGGCCAUCACAACAUUGGGUCCACUGCCUUGGUAGCGGUGGUGGGUCCGAAGAAAAUAGUGGUUGCUAACUGUGGGGAUUGCCGUGCUGUGCUCUCAAGCGGUGGCGUUGCUGUUCCACUCUCGGUUGAUCACAAGCCUGAUAGGGCAGAUGAGCUUGAGAGGAUUGAAGCUAUUGGAGGAAAGGUUAUUAAUUGGAAUGGUUUUCGUGUUUUAGGAGUAUUAGCCACAUCUCGCUCUAUCGGAGACAAUUAUCUCAAACCAUGUGUGAUCCCAAAUCCUGAGGUUAUGAUUGUUGAACGUUCUGAAAAGGAUGAAUUUAUCAUAUUGGCUAGUGAUGGAUUCUGGGAUGUGGUAUCCAAUGAAGUGGCUUGUAGAGUUGCAAGACGAUAUCUUACUCAAUGUAAUUCAGUUGUAGCAGUGGAACCAGAAAGGCGCAAUACCCUAAAUGAAGCAGCUACUGUACUUUCUCAACUUGCAAUUUCUCAAGGAAGUUGUGACAAUAUCACUGUUAUAGUGGUGGAACUAAAAAGGUUAGAUCUCCGCAGGCCAAGGCGCACUAUUUGAAAACUCCACCUUGUUGAGUUUGUCUCAAGAUAUAUCAUUGUUUUGUUUUCUAUUUUAAGUAUUUUAGUUAGAG